GAUGGGUGGAGGCAGUCAGGCGGCAUGAAGUGUACGAGAAAGUAAAGAUAGUUGCCAAAGAACUUCCACGGAAUCAUAGCAGUGGCACAGCUGAAGCUGCUGCUCACCUUCCCGCUGAGAAGAACCACUUGUCCAUCCGGCAUGGCAAAGAGUGCAAGAUGUGCCCUCCAGGUGAGUUCCAGAAGUCUUGUGAGCAGUGCGCGCCGUGUCCCGCUAAGAGCUACACCACUGACUGGAACCGCGAGGAGAGCUGCCUUCGUUGCUACGGCGAUUGCAGGCCUGAAUUCAAUCAGGAAGUGAUCGAGGACUGCAGCAGCACAUCUAACCUCAAGUGCACAUGCCAAGAUGGCUUCCGCUGUACCGCUGUGGUUGCAUAUACCGGCAACUGCAAAAACUGUGUCGCAACCACAACCGUAACAGCAGCAGCAGCAGCAGCAGCAACAACAGAUGAAGAUGAACAGACUCCUUCCUCUUCUUCCUCAGGAUCCCGCAGCAACUCUGCCAGAUUGUGCUCUUUUCCCGAAUGUGAGGCCGAGCCUGGAAACAGCUCACACGCUAACAAAGGCCCUCAGCUGGUGGCCGUCGUGUUCCCAAUGGUCGUCGUGGUAACUGUGGCCCUCACCGUCUGGCUCUGCAUCUGUCGGCGCGGAGAGGAAACUUGCUUGAAGCGGGGCCAAAUUCUGUACAAUAUGAGUAUUUCUUUGGCCCCAUCUUGUGGCAUCUUGCUGCCAAGGAACCAUGUUGAAGUGGAGGGGGUUCCCAAUGUUACAGCUAAGGAGAAAGAGCCCAAUCAGCAUUUCUUGACUGACCCUUGCGGUGCUGUGCAUGUCCACAAUGCGGGGACGGUCAUCUUCAGCUGGCUCAGUCAGUUUACCGGCCAAGUGGGACCCGUCACGGAAACCAAGAUGGCAACAAAAGACGAGGAGAAGGAGGCCGAAGACGGAGACCAAGCCCCUCCUCCUUCGUUCUCCCCCAGUGUUCCUCUGUCUGAGGAGGAGAUGAGCGGAGAGGCGGUCUUGUUCCCCUCUCAGGAGGAAGGCAAAGACUGGCACGUGUCCAAAGAGGAAGCAGAAUCCUGAAGAUGAGGGCUGGAGAUCACCUCACCAGUGCGGGAGAUUUCAUUUGCUGAACAAUCUUUAAGAAGGACUGUCUAGUAGGAAUGCAUGGAGGAAAGGUAGGGAGAUUUGGAAGAAGGAAGGAAGGUGCAAUAAGUUUGAUGGUGCACCGUUUUCCUUUACAAUUUAGAAUAUGUAGUCUGUCUUAUUUCCAGUGGCUACACGUUCCUCAUUUUCUUGUUCCUGCAUAAAGCUAUGUUUUUUUUUAUUUUUUUUUUUUUUUUAGGUGUGCCUUCUUUUUCUAAGGUCUCGUUUUUACUACAGUAAGAUUCACCACGAAUGUUGCCCUGUUGUUUUAUGUAUGAUUCAAUGCAAUAACUGUAUUUAAAUGAUACAAUUUAAGAAUUGGAGUCUCCAAAUGGUUUUCCUUUAUGUGCAUAGGAACAGUCAACAAAAAUACUCUAUGUAAAUGCAUAUAAAUAUCGCUUAACAUAAAUGUACAGGUGCAUCUCAGUUCGUGUAUUGGAAUAUGGGAAAAAAAUUCAUUUUAGUCAUUCAAAAAGUGGAAUUCAUAUAUUCUAUAAAAACAGAAAAAUAAUUUUCUGAAUCCCAAUUCCCACUGAAUUUCUGUAUUUUCUUUUUUUUAUUGUUUCUUGUGUAAUAGUCACAUUUUUGGAGGAUUUGGGGUUUUUAUUAGCUUUAAGCUAUAAUCAUAGUAAAAAAGUCAAAAGACAAACAUAAAUCCUGAAAUAUUUCAAUCUGUGUAGUGAACAUUGAGUUUCUCUUUUCAAAUUGAACUAUUGAAAUAAAUUAAGCUUUCCAAAAUACUCAGAUUUAUUUAGAUGCACAUGGAUAUCCUCAAAUAGCGGCCUUCAUUCCAACAGACGCCAUGUCUUAAUUCAUCCUCCUCCUCCAUUAAAUAAACACCUCCCCAUAAAAAAACACCACUUUCUCCCCUUUUGACAGGAAAAUAUAGCAGGUGGUACCUGGGGGGCACCUGCUA